UUAAUGUACAUGAUGUAUAAAAGCAGGGAAAGAAUUACGAAAUAAUAAUAUUUCACCUUAUUUCAUUGCAUAUAAAGGUGGUUAAGAUAAAAGUUCAAAUUUAAUGUGUACAAAUGUAUCCAUGUUCUUUUCAAAUCUUUGCUAAAAGAUUUUCAGAACAAGUAGCAUUAUUUUUUUGUACUUUAUUUUUCGAACGUUUCUUAAUUUGAAUUUGAAGCUCACAUUGCUUGCUUUUCAUAUCCUUAAAAAUGUAUACAUAUGCUUGUAAAUCCCUUUCUGCAAGCAGCAUGACAGUAAAGUAAAUACAAGAAAGAUACUUUAGCAGAAAAAUAUGCUUUGCGUGUUCGUGCAUAGUACGUUUAGCAAAGGGAACAGGUAAUUUUGAGCAAAUACUUGUAUUCCAGCGAUAGUUUUUUCAAUCUUUUGUCGUAAAACAGUUUCAGAUGAUAUUCCAUUGUUGCAUAAUAUGAAUCACAAGAAUUUAUUUCCGUUCUCUGAAUUUACGCACUUAAAUUUAAAUAAUCUCGUAGUUUUUUUUAUAAAUUAUAUCAUGAAUGGCAACAGUAAAUAUGGCAAUCAUAUAAUUAAAGAAGUAUUUUUCAACAUAAUAGUCACACGUACUUAAUAGAUCGAUACUAUGGUAAAAGGUUAAUGACAUAUGAUAUAUCUAAUUAUGCAACGUCUGUUGAAAUUUAACAUCAUUGAGAUAUGCAAUAUAAUUUACUAUCGACUAAUUCCACAAAUUGUACACCACAGAAUUGUACAAGUCGAAAUCAGAACUAAUCUUAGCACGCAAACCUAAGUAAAAAUUGACUCGAUUAAUAUAUUUAAAUCAGCCUAAUUAUAUUAAUAAUAUAAUUGAUAAUUAAGAUCUUGAUAAACCGCAGUAGCUAACCUAGCAAAUCCACACCCACAAUGUUAGUAAAUAAGUCCUCAUCAUAUGACGCAAACUAUUUUCUUGAGUAAGCAUACUUUAAAUAUUUUUUAUUCUGAACCAAUGCUCAUAGGUUGGCUUUGUAAUCGCUGUCUUGAUGUUAGGGGUGCUUCCGUGAAACUUCACGGCCCUGGUCACGAACCAGCAGUCGAAGGUCGAGUAGUAUAGUGGUAGAUGGUAACGACGUGAAACGUGACGCAUAUAGUAACAGUGUACGUCGAGGGGGAUGUACUGGUAUGUGGAGUGUAGAGAAUCGACGUCGGGAACCAGCACAGGGUGGCUGACUUCGUCGAAGCGACGCGACGUCAGGGUGGAUUCACGGGGUGGUUGGUAGUCGCGUGCUCUCAUCGUCAGGUGAACAACUUUUGUAUGGAUAUAAUCGGUUUACCAAAUAUUUUUCCGAGUUACUGUUACCCGUAUCGGGAUCUAGCCACGUCUCCGUGACACGCAAAACUUCUGCAUCGUCCAUAACUGCUCACGUAUGUAGCACGUGUUCCCUUACACGCGAUGCUCGUGAUUUGUUCGUCCUUUUAUUAAGAGGAAGACACCGGGACCGAGAUGGCGCAGGAUAUCCCGGAGGCGACGUACGUACCGGAAGUGGAGGAGGAUACGAGAAAGGAACGAGAACGGCGGGCUGUUGAAGAGGGAACGGCCUCGUGGAGACGACGAAAGGAGGAGUUGCUACGUCAAAAGCACCGUGAACAGCGAGAACUCCAGCAAAUCUUGGAGAAUUAUUCGCCUUGGGGUAAACCAGGUGGCGGUGCUCCUUGUGCUGCAACCCUUAGAAAGAAAAACGUUCCUCUAGAACCCCCGGAAUUAUCAAAGUGUCAUAAUUUCAGCCAGCUGGCACCGCUCUGGCCGUGGGGUCGACCUGGUCCGGGUGGAGUUCCUUGGAGGGAUCCCAAGUUGCUGGGUGCGCGCUUCCUCGAAUCUCUGGGCUGGACGAGCAAUUCGACCAUCGAAAGGCUACACAGAAGGAGUAUUAAUCCUUUGCCCGUCACGAAUAUGAACAAGUUCUUUGAUGAUAAAGCAGAACCAGGUAUCGCUACGGAUAUGCAGCUGAUACAGGACUCAAAAAAUCCCUACAACGAGGAAGUUCAGGUGUACGAAUUGACCGGGGGCGUGGAAUUGGUCCCUCUUUUAACUAGCAGACGAUAUUGCUCGCAAUCGCAAUUUCAAAACAAUCGUCACGUUGCCACCGAUGCCACUCGACCUGGAUACACGAUAGACCCAUUGCGAUCGUUGGAGGUUGAGAAUCGCGAAUACAUCGCCGAACUCGCCGAGCAAGUGCAACGAAAACGAGAGAAGGCAUUGGAGGAACAAAAGAUUGAGUUGGAAAGCUGUCGAAGACAUUUCGAUACCUGGAGAAAGUUGUGGGGUCGGCCGGGUCACGGUGCACCCAUAGAUCACGCCCAUCGUAACAAUCUCUACAACAUUCUCUACCAUUCAGCUAUCUAUUGAAUUUCUACUUGCUGCACUGUGCAAAAUCAGAACUGCAUCUUCCACUUUCUUUUCGUGCAAUGGAGGAACUUGUACGAAAUCUCUUUAUGUUACGGGAAGAAUUGCUACAGGACGAGCAACUAUAAAAGAUAAUAGGUUCGCGAUUCUACAAUACAAUACGACGAUAGAACGACGGAGUUGCAGGUUUCCUAGGAGAAUAGAUCUAGGAAGAAUGGAAUUUAGUAAGUUUUCGAGUUGAUAGAGAAAUGAUGGGUUGUUAUGAAAUAGUUUGAAGCUGUUUGCAAUAAAACAAGAAGAGAAUGAAUCGAAAGUUGUGGAUCAGAAGCGUUCAACGUAACACGAUGUAACUUAAUAGAUGGAAAUAUGGAAAUGAUGAUAAUGUGUAUGAUAAUACGCGAAGCAGUGUAUACUGCGAAAUUAAUUAGAGAUUUUGUAGAAUGGAGAAUGGACCGCGGGGAAUGUAGAAUUAGUUAACAAGAUUUUAAUUGUGCUUUCGAGAUUCACACAGAUACACGUUUUUAUUAUUUGUCGUAGCAUCUCGUUAUCUUGAAAAAAAAAAACACCAGAAAUAGCGUGUUUUAAUAUUUUACAUGCGUAUUAGGCACACGUCGCCAUAAAUGUAUAUCGAACUAGCUCGAAUUAGCCGUGUUUACACGCGUACGGGAGACGCUCUAUUUUGAGUUGUUUUUUAAAUAUUUCGUCUGUCCAUAGAAAUAUGGAAGAGAAAUCAGUACGCGUGGUUUUCGCAAGGUAAUACAUGUCGAAUCGAGUGAGAAGAGAUGUCGGGUGAGCUAUUAAAUUUUAUGAAAGCUCUCCAAGAGCGGGAGACGUUUGAUAAGGUAGAAACGUGCUACGAUUGACCACAUUUCAAAGGAGCAAUCUCGAGAGAACGUGACUACCCUUCAAGCCGAUGAUUUCUAAAUUUCAUGAAAGCCAAAGAAUUUGGAUCUAUUCGUAUGCGUGUGUUUUGUGCGCGUAAACGCGUUGACUGAUCCAGGGAUUCCAACUUCGAAGAUAGUCAAAAGAAAUGAAUCGCUGCUGUCGAUACAGCUGUCCUCGAAAACCUUUAUUGGUUGCUUCGGUUCACGAGCAUCAAAGGACGGAAGCUAGCGGGUGAGAGGAGAGGGGAAAGAGAAACGGGCUUAUAAAACAGUUUGCAAUAUCACAUGCCAUGCUAAAUGGUUGUGCGUUUGAACACGACGUUCAAAGAUCUCCAGUGUUCUAUAAUAUUUCAGGAAAAUACUCGAUAGAGGUUCAACCUGAAAUGCUCUCGUUACUUGUGUUGCAUUGAAAUUAAAUGAAAUUGCAUUUAAACGAUCUGGGAUACAUAAAUACAGAUAUGAUUAAAAAACAAAUUUUCGCUUUAUUUUACAAACAAGAUACAAAGUGGGAGAAGUAAUAUCGUAUAAAGUGUGUACCUUUCACAUUCUGCAAAUUCUAUGUCUGUUUCCUCGUUCCUGUAAAGAUGAUUUCUUCUUAUUUGAAUAUUUAUUGGUAAGAUAUUGCACAUUACUCGAACGAAAAUAGUUUAGUACAAAAUAUAUGAGAACUAUUUCUUUGUUAGAAACACUGAUUGUUAUUAAUGAAAGCACAUGUAAAGUAUAAUGAACCUAACUAACAAUAAGGUCAAUUAACAAUAAACGUCUGCAGGUUUCUCUAUUGAACACUGGUACAAUAAUACAUUAAUUAAAUUAACGAUUAAUGAUCAAUUAGUGGGAAUCUGAGAAAAAAGACAGAAUCCGCUCGAUUCUACUGGGCGCCUCGAAUUUAAUUUGGAUGUUGUUCCGACAGCACGGUGCAGUUUCUAUUCCUAAACGUGUACCUUUGUUCCGCCGCCGGGCAUAGAGAACGCUAGUUUCAUCCUUUCCAGGGUACCUUUUCCUCCCCCUAGAAAGCCACGGAAUCCAGCGCUGUCGCGCAUCUCUCUGGUUACGAUCUCUCCGUCCGAGCCGCAGCCACCGCCGGCCGAAAGCUACGCUUUCCCCAUUGUCUGACUAUUGUAUUCCGUUACCACUGUGUGUCCGUUCGUUUGUAUAAGAGUGAUUCAUUUUCCGCGAAAUAUCAGUUCCUGCGCCGCAUGAAUUGCAACUCGCACGGCCGCGUAAAACCGCCGCGCAUUGCAAACCCUUCCUCCCUUCAACACAUCCACCCCUGUAUUCCACCCUUUUCCUCUCGUUGUCCUCCUCUUCUAUAUCGUUUAUUCAUUUCUAUCUCUUUUCGUAGAGAGCGCGCAUUGUCGCGAAAUUGGGUCGGUCUCUUGCCUGAAAUGAGAUACGCGACCAGUGUCGGUGUCGGUGAAAAUUGGUCAUUGCUAUCUCGUUUUCUCCUACAUUUCCCCCCUCCCAUUUUUUUGUACCCUCUUUCUUUCGCGUCCCUGUUUGACGCGUAUUUAGGGAGCGACGCAGAAUGGAAAAACAUCGCCCUUCCUUCCGGUUAGUUGUUCGUGGAAGACUCUUUAAUUUCCGGCUGAACAUUCGAGAAGAGCCGAAUCGCAACCACGGAUCGCGUAUCCCAAGUGUACUUGGUAUUGUACCCUUAAACAGGGAUUGCAAAGCUACCGUAUGAAUUUACUUUUAAAAAUUAACAAAGGUUCAACAGUCCUGAAAUAAAAAUUCCAAUGUAUAUUUAUUUACCAUUAUAUUUAUUUAAUUGGAAAUUAUAUUUAAAACGUCUUUUUUACGAUAAUCACACAGGUAAUGGUGUCGAAUGGCGGAUAUAAUUUGCCAGCUCUUCUUCCACUCGUCCCAGACACGUCAUCAUUUUUCCUAUGUCCUCUUCAUUCUGGGCCAUACACCAUCUCCUUCCAUAUCAGUUGGAUUGUGAACGCGACAUCGAUAACAAGUUUGACAGUUUCGUGUAUGGAUACGAAUACAUGCUCGUAUAUUCCGUUUGCACGUGACACUCUCCGCGCAUAGAAAACGCACGUGUAUCGCAAUAGUAUAUCGAAGUUCGGUGUGGGUGGAAUAUAGUUUUCGCGUGUGUGCGUUACUUUCUUCUUUUACGUGCGAACGAAAUGAAAAUCUAGAUUAAAGGGAUACUUUUAGGAAUCUGAAGCAACAUCGUGUUAUGGUCUACGAACGGUGAGUCGUAAUUCUUAUUUCUCAUUCUUUUUUUCUCGGUGUCUCGUAGAUAAUUAUUCGCGUAUCGUUCGAGUUCGAAUAAAAAUUAAUAGCAGCGCACGGGAAAUUUAUCAACAGCCAGUAAUAGAACUGAAUUUUCGUACGGCGUUGCCAACAAACACGAAUAAUUUUGUCUCAUAUAGAGAUACGUGACCGUGCAAGCGACGGAAAAAUUUCAGUCGCACCGACCACGAGUCCGAUGAUUAACAGCUCGGCCCUUAACGAGCACUUCGGUUCUACUUAAUUAGAGAUCGGGUAAUUUAUACGGCAGACGCGUUUCACGUUCACCGGUGACGUUCCUUUCUUCCUUUGUAGCAACGCUUCCUCCCCUAUUUCACUUUUAUUUUUCACCGUUAAUUGUCCCGCGGCCUUAAAGAAGUGUAAUAAAUUUCCGUCUCGCGAACCUUUCCAUACGGGCGAGGCGGCGCAGCGAUUAAUUAUUUUCCGCUGUUUUAUAUACAGAACUCGGUUUCUUUGUUCACGUGGCAGAAUCGAUCUGCUUGAUCAAUACGAACAAAGAAAGCGCAGGUAGGUUUUUCCUAGCCAUCGUAAAGGCGAGGAAUAUAAAAUAUUUCUUUUAUAUUAGAACUUUUAAUUUGAUUAGAUGCGGCCCUUUUUAUCGAGAUUCAACUAGUAAUUUCUGUAAGAGCCUCCGUAACAAAUUUAUUCGAUGAAAAGCCACUCUCAGGAGCCCGUUGCGUUGCACGCUGUGAAAUUUAUUAGUUUUAGAACCGAUAGGAGAUUCUCUAUUGUAUCGUCGAUAAGCUUUUUGACAGAAUUGGUUGCUCUCGAGAAUAUUGCCACUAUAAACAAGAAACGCGAUCAAUUUUUAAUAGCCAUGGAUUUUUAUUACGUCAGGGAGGAAUUAUUGGCCGUUAAAUGAAGUUAAACGAGUUUCUUAUUGUUUCUCUUUGACCGAGCAAACAACUUAAAACGAAGUUUUUUUCUGUAAAUACGUGAGAACUAUCUUAAAGGCCGGCCGAAUUUCAAGUAGCCUGAACGCGAACUGAAAAUAAGUGGGUCGAAUCGCAAUUCCACUCGGCUAGUAGGUUUUUUCCACGGGCUGGCAGACAGAUCGAUCUUCGUCUUGCUGAGAUCUGCGUCGAAAUCGGUUUUCCUAACCGGGAGUUACCGCGAACGCCGAUAAUUGAUUUUACAAGUUUCAGUUGGCAAAGCCUUUUCUGUCUGUUUGUAAAUCGUCGGCUCCGGAGUGCAAGCAAUAGAUCGCGAAAUCACGAAACUUUCGCCUGGCGCACGAAGCCCAUAUCGACCGAACGUUUCUCCAACCGUAUAGAUAGGAACGUACGUAAUAUUUGUUUUGCCGCGAUUCGAGAGUUGCUUAGAACUCGCUGCUAUGAUUGAUUACUAUUGUUUGAAAACCGUAACUCAGAUUAAAUACGAAUCGAUCCAAGUAUGAAGAACUGUUAAAAUAAUUGAGGCAUUCAGAAACCACGCUGAUCAGUUCCACGAAAUUCAAACGUAGAAGAUGACAGUUUGUUAAAUAACCUUUGUCGCGUUUCGAUUGGUUGCUGAGAUGUAAUGCAAGUGAUUAUUUUAUUUCUUCUAUCGAAGAGUCUUUUGAUUGAUAGAAAUGUCAAAGUUUGUAAUACGGCUGAAGGAUCGCAUUAUUAUAGGACAGGAUAUUUAUUUCAUGUACUUCGCGUGAUUGUUAGCUGUUCAAAUCUCCUCGUGUCAACGUGGAGCUCGGUCAUAAAAUCUCCAAAAUUGGCUAUUCGAAUUUGGUGCGCUUUAUUGGGAUGUGAUUUACGAUAAUCAACGAUAAUCAAGAAUAACGUGGGUUAAAAUGGUAUAUAUUACUUUGCGAUAGUAAAUUCUAAUUUCGCGGCUAUUUCGUUCGCGUGAGAAAUGCGACAGAGAAAACAUAAAUUAUCGGUGACGAUCGUUGGCAAGGAGUUGUACACGUGCUCGUCUUACGCGGCUAGAAAACUUCUCGUUCACGUCACGAAACGUACCCGGUGAAUUUAAAUUUCGACACGGCCCUGAUUCUGAUUCUCAUCUCUGCUCGUUGGCUUCACGUUCGUCCAUUUGUCUUCGUAUUCACGUUUGUGCCUCUACCACUAUUUUUAUCGAGUUUGCUGGUGCAACCGGAAUUCAAGUAGAUACGAGCUCGCGGUUCGAGAUCGCGCGGAAUACCGUUCAAUUGAAUUUUAGUUAGAAGAGAGCUGCGUGUUGCACGAUCAAUGUCGUUCAUCGUUCGCGGCUAGCGCCGUUAACUUUUCCUGAUUCGACUAAUUUUCAAGGAAAUCAGAGAUUACUUUCCAAUGAUAUUCUAUUAUUCUUCUUCGUAUCUCUCUAUUUCCGAGUAAGUUUGUUAUCGCCUUCCCUUCAAUCUACGAAGCUCCAUUUUACUGAUCUAAUUGUUUUCAGUGCUUUAUAUAAAGAUUUUCAAAUUUACUGCAUCCUUUCUUUUCUGUCUAAUAACAUUCUACACGACGUUUGAGUUAGAUCAAUUCGAUUUGACUUAUUCAAAUGUAAGUAAAAUGAAUUAAGGGAUAAUAUGGUUCGACGAGAAGGAAAAUUCACUGAUUUGCCCAUCUUUAGUUGCGUGUCGAACCGCGAGGAGCAUGGAGUAGCUUGGUCAAAUGCAUCAAGAUUUAUUCAAUGAUUUUCACAAUGCAAGAUCGUCUCUUUUUACAGAAACAGCAUCUUCGUUCGAUCUUUUAUCAAUAAAUCUUCUUAGUGUCAGGAAAUAUUUCAGAAAAUACCUUAGUCGUGUGUUUCAUCCCCAAUAUUCGCCUAUCUGUUCGUUAUAUAUUGUACGUAGAAUUCGAAUUCGAUGAAACCCUACGAAUUUCAAAAUUUCAAAAAAAAUAUAAUGAACGAAACAACGAAUCGCUGAUAAACGGGGUGGGAAAGCAAAGCGACUCAAAGAGUGAGAUAGCUGCAUGGAUCGCAACAAUUUGCAAGCUAUCAAACUGUUGAAUCGAUACGAUCCGAUACCUGUAUGACAGCUGCUAUUGAGGGCGUUGAUGACUAGAAGCUUAGUAAAGCGCGCUAUUGUCGCUGAAUGGGUAUUUUAUCAUGGAAAAUCGUGAUUAAGCGUCGGGAUUGUAAUAUCGAUCGAUCGACCCUUUUGGUUCGGCGCUCGUUUCCUCAAAUUUGAUAUUUCCCCAGCCAGAGGGGAUAACAGUUACACAGAUAUAAAAAUGAAAAAGGUCACGAAACUUUGGAUGCGGUCUAGCUUUUUCUGGCAACGGCCGGCAAGUUGGAUAGCCGAGAGCGCAAUGACGAAAGAAGGAAUGGUGUAACAGGAAUUUCAUCAGGCAAAACGUUACAAACAUCAGCCUGUGUUAUUCAGCCACCGCCACGGAAAACACUCGCACGAUUUUGCUAAAGUUACAUUAACCCCGAUGCAUUCGAGCCGCGAGUUAUUCACGGCAUUUCGAGUAACGCGGUACAUUCUCCAAUUAAUUUAUCUCGCUGGAAUACGAAUUUCCCCGUUACAUCCGGCAGGUUGAGGCUGAUGAACAAACAUCCGUUAAAAAGAAACAAUAUACGUGUUUCGGAAUGUUGCAGUUCGUGUUUACCUCUUGACAUAAUGCAAUGACGAUCAAUUCAGAUUAAAUGACUUAAAAAAUAAUUACUUCUUUAUUUUGAAAAUUCUCUGUAUAUCUACAUCAGAUAUUGGGUCGUUCGGAAAGUUUGUAUUAUUCUUUAUGCUUGAUAGAUUUUAUUGUGUAUUUGACGAGGUUGGAAGGAAAUUGUUUAUUGCGUCGUUUUGAUAAAUAAUAAAGCAUUAAAUUCUUAGUCAGGCAUUAAAUACAAUAUUUACAUCUUAAACAAUCGAUGCUUUUAGCUUUUCAUAGGAAAUGAAUUGUAAUGUUUAACAUAAGAAUUUAACAUAAGAAAAGAUUGUACUGUAACAAAGAGUACUAAUUAAAAACAUAUGCGAAUGAACUGAUGGGUAUUAAAAAGUGACUAUAGAAUAUAUGCAAUUUCAAGGUUUCUACAUCGUUGUUGAACGACGUGAUAUAUUUUUCUGAAACUUUCACAGAUAUUUCUGUAGGUCACAAAUAUCGAUCGGUGAAUUAUUUUGCGAAAAAGGGUCAAGAACUUCGGGAUAUUUACAGGCGGUAGAAUUUCUUUAUUUUUAAAAAGAUUCAAAGUGAAAUUCGUGGGCCUACGUGUUUCGUCGUCGCGUCUCGAUGCACGCGACAGCUCGAGUUUUCGUGCAUCACGAAAUUUGCUGGAAAAUCCUGUUGCCACGCUGGUGUAUGAAUAAUACAUGGAUGUUUUAUCGAAACAACGACGAGAGAUGGAACGAGUGUUACUUUAGAUACGAUCAAGUCAGCUCGUUCAACGAGAGCAAAGAAAAUAGUUAUUGUUUAAUUAAAAUUAUUUCCAUUUUCUGAUCGCAAACACAUUUCAAUGUUUGUAACAGUAGAAACAAGAAUGGGAUUACGAAACAGAAAGACAGCUUGUUUCUUGGAAAUAUGAAAAGGGUAUUUGAUGCGCAGGUAUAGCGAAUGGAUGGCUUCGAUUGAUUCGAAUAAAACCACAUAAUUCUCGUUCGCUGUACACUAGAAAUCUCAUCAAAAGCGAACGUUCUAUCGCGAUACCAAAGCUAUGCUUUUCCGACUAAAUUUAAUACGUCUGAAUUAAAAAAUGUGACAUGCGGUUGAUUUUUCGUUCUGGAAAUAUAAAUAAUGUGUGUGUUAUAAAAAAUAAUAAUGGAUGAAAUGCGGCGAAAGGGAAGUGUAUGUGUGCAUAUCAGUUGGCAAACACGUCUGAGUUUAAUUAAAAUACUGGUUAAUAAAAAUAAAGUAUUAUAAAAUCAUUUUCCGUUUGAUGUUUCAGUAUUACGCAACACAAAAGCUCUUUGUGCACGAAAUAUCCAAGUGCAGAUAAAUAUUAAAUAAUAGAGAUUAAAACGUGUUUCAUCUACCAUUUUCCAAAAUGCGCACGAAUAAUGUGCAUAAAUUUUCCCUUACUAAGAUGGCGAAUGAUGACCGAGGGAAUUAUAUAAUUUCAUGUUAAUCCGAUUUCAUCAUCAUUGUCAUAAUUUAUAAGUUCCAUGUGGCUUUCUACUCUUAUUUGCAACGCCGGAAAAUCUGAUUUUCAUUCUUUUGUAAAGUUUGUGUCAUUGCAUCGAUAUAAUAUUAUUAAAAAUAUUCGAAUAUGGUUUAUUCGUCGUGAUUGUUAAAAAUACACUGCUAAAAGAUAAAAGAAGGGAAAAAGAAAACGAGGAACAAAAUUCCGGGUUGAACGAUGCAAAGCCAACGAUGUUGCAUUAAAAAAUAUUUUGGAGAAAAAUUUUACUCUGGGGAUAGUAUUUAGUAGCCUAUUACCCAAAUGCACUGAUUAUACGCGUCGCCAAAGAUAUUGUUCCCGGGAGGAAAUUAAACGAAAUAAAACCCCCGGCACAUGCUCGUCGGAUUAUUCUACUGGAAAUCCAGCUGGAAAGAGAAGAGCCCGAAAAUCGUGCCACGCUUAUGAAUUAUCGAAUGUGUCGUUCAUUCGCGAACGUUCGUUGCACGUAGAUCCAACGUAAGAUUUUUCAGUUACUUAUAAGUAGCCACAAAAGUCAAAGCAGUCACAAAAGUGCAAAGAAAUUGCAAUAAAAUUGGAAAUUUUGUAAUUACCAAUACAAUUUUAUUCCAACGUGCCGUCGUACUAAAUGUUCGUUAUUUCUUAAUUCCUUCUAAAAAGACGUUAAUGUAUCGAGUAAAUUCAAAUUAAAUUACUAGAAAUAGUAAUUACAAUGUUAAUAUAAAUAGUCACGAGACCGAUAAUUAUCGAAGAUAAUGUACGAUCCGUGUAUUGUUAGCACUGCACUGUACAUUUGAUCGUUCCCAU